CGGGACUCAUUUCUAGCUUUCCUUGCACUCAUAUUACCCUCCUCUUCUUCACCAUUGUUAUAUGUAGCCCUCUCUUCGUCGUCUACGAUUUUCAUCCGAAACCUAAUUCUGUCGUCUGCAGUUGGUAUGAAUCCCUAAUCACAAGCCAUUUCUAUCUUCUUCGUUAGAGUGAGUGAUGGAACAGCACUUGCGAGGUUCUCAGUCGCCGAUUGACGUCUUCAAGUACCGCCGUCGUCAACUAUCGCCGCUCGCGCCUCUGCACAAUCUGAUCACGCCGCAGACGGAGGACGGCGUUUCGGUUGCCGAAAGCUACGGCUCCAAAGGCCAGUUUGUAUAUGGAAAAGAAAAUCUGCAUCCAACUUCUUUCCCUACCAAGAACAAAUCCGAGGCACAGAUGUGCGAGGCUACAAGUAGCUCAGGAUUAUGCACCCCCAGCCUGAAGUCCCACUUUGCCUAUCAGGUCAUGGCAUCCAGAGAAGCAGCAGCAGUAGCAGCAUUAGCCUCAUCGCCAAAGCUAAAUAACACCAUUGAGACCCCGAUUACUGUCAUCAGCUGCAAGGACUGGUCACCCCAAGAUGAUGGCAUUGAGGUUAUCUUGCCUUCAACUGAAAUACCUUCAUCGAAGGAAGAUGUGGAUGCAUCUGGCACUGCUUUGCUGAGUCUUGUCUAUGGUCCUUCUACUAGAAGAAGGAGAUUGCCACUGUUUGCUGAAAUUUGCCCAGAGUAG